AUGCGAGUCAUUGACAACCCGAAAACCGCACAAAGAACACGGGACGGCAAGUUAUUCAGUAUGGCUCCUGAUAAGCUUGUGCCAAACGACUCUCGGGUCAAGACCGAGACUGCCCAGAUUCGGGGUAAAAACUACAAGUACAUUGUUGGGGAGCCUGAGGGUACCCCUCUGGAGACAAUAGUUCUCAUUCAUGGCUUUCCGGAUCUUGGAUUUGGCUGGCGCUAUCAGGUUCCCUACCUCAUGUCCCUGGGAUUUCGGGUCAUUGUCCCCGACAUGGUGGGAUAUGGCGGUACUGAUGCUCCAGAGUCGCUUGAGGAGUACACAUACAAGAGCCUUUCAGCUGACAUUAACGAGUUGGCUCGAAAGUACGUCGGAGAGGAUGGACAGAUCAUUCUUGGUGGACACGAUUGGGGUGGUGCUAUUGUAUGGAAGGCCGCCUGCUGGUAUCCUCAAUUGAUUAAGAGUGUCUUCAGUGUCUGCACACCCUACAUGCAGCCCAAAGAGACGUUUGUCCCCCUCGAAGCUAUCAUUCAGAGUGGCCAUCUGCUCAAUUUUAGCUACCAGCUGCAGUUCAAGGGCCCCGAGGUUCAAUCGCGUCUCCAAGGAGAGGAAAAGAUCCGGCAGUUCUUGAAUGCCCUCUAUGGCGGCCGUACACCCAGUGGUGAUCUUGGGUUCUCUGCCAAGGACGGUAUCUACUUCGAUAAGCUACCGGAACUCGGUCCCUCGCCACUUGUCAGUAAGGAAGAGUUGGACUACUACGCCAAAGAGUAUGCCUCGAAAGAGCCACCUGAGCUGCGUGGCCCUCUAAACUAUUAUCGCAUGCAGGAGCUCAACCACCGCGACGAUGCAGAGGUGGCCAAGAAGGGUGGCCACAAGUUCGAGAUGCCAGCUUUGUUUAUCACUGCAACUGACGAUUCGGCUCUCCCGCCGUCUAUGUCCAAGGGAAUGGACUCGGCUUUUGCUAACUUAACUCGGGAGGAAGUCAAAGCGUCUCACUGGGCGCUAUGGCAGGCUUCUGAGGCCGUGAACCAACAUAUCACGAAAUGGCUCGAUGGGGUGUUGGAUGGUGCGUUGAAGGCAAAGGCAUCUCUAUGA